AUCGAUUUAACUUGUUUCCAGAGAUAUUUGGGAAACAUAAAUUGUGUUUACAAUCAUUUUUAUAGAUUACUAAAUAUUUGCAAAUUGUCUUUCUAUCGUUUAAAUUUGUUUUUCUCUAUUAGUUAUUUCGCUAUCUGUUGCAUCUAACCCUUUUCGCCCAGAGUGACAAAAAGAGUCAUAAAGUUUAUCAACCAUCAUUACUUUUCCAGCUAAAGUCUUUACCUUCCAUUCUUACAUUUGAUAUUCCUUCAAGUGUUUCUGUUAGACAUUUACAAUAAUUUGAUAAAAUUGUCAUCAUGUCGAUUGCAACCUUGAACAAUGAUUCUGAGCUCAAUAAAUAUCUAGAAAAAUCAAAAGAAAAUGUUUUGAUCAUUCACUUUACUGCAUCAUUCGGUGAACAACGGAGCUCCCAGAUAAAUGAUGUCCUCGACGAAGUUUUAAACAAUAAGUCAGCAUUUGGACCUGUCGAAGCUUUACUAGUUGAUGUUGAGAAGUGUAAAGAAGUUAGUAUUAAAUAUAAUGUUACUUCGGUUCCAACAUGUAUUAUUGUAGCCAAAGAAAAAGAGUACGAACGCAUUGAAGGUAUAAAUAUUGCACUCUUAACUAGAAAGAUUAAAGAAGCCGUCUUCAAAAAUUUCCCUGUCAACGCGCCUGCUUUACCUGGUGCUGAAUUAGAAAAAGAAGGAAGUCUUGAAGAUAAAUUAAAUAAGUUAAUAGGUAAAGCUCCUGUAAUGGUAUUUAUGAAGGGUAAUCGAGAUGGUCCGAGAUGCAAAUUCAGUCGAGAACUCGUAAGCAUAUUUGAAGAGAUGAAAGUUGAAUACGAAACCUUCGAUAUCCUCGAAGAUGAAGAAGUCAGACAAGGACUUAAAGCUUAUAAAAAUUGGCCCACAUAUCCUCAGGUUUACGUGAACUCCAAUCUCAUUGGCGGUAUCGAUAUUAUUAAGGAACUCAAAGAGAUCGGAGAAUUGAAGUCCACACUCGGAGUUGAAUAGAAUCAAGUAGAUUAAAGGCUAAUGGGCUUAGUGGCUGAUCUUUAAAGACAGGAUCAUCUCUGAUUUAAAUUUUACACUAGCUGAUUAUUUUUCUUUUCAAUACUUCGUAUCAAUAAAUAUUGAAAUUAAUUGAUUGCAUAAA